AGUGGCGAAACCGCCAACCGCUGAUGAGGUAGUUUCCAGGCGCACUGUCGGUGGUUGAAAACUAUUCUCAAUUUUCUUUUUCUCCGUACCAGUGGUAACCGGCCGGGUAAAAUACGUUGUUGUGGUGUUAAGUAUAUAUUUUUUUAUUUCUCAUGGUACGCUCCUCUGAGGAGUAUCGCAGCGAGCUGCUAUGCGUGUACACCGAUAUUGAAUUCAUUAAAAGUUGUGAUCCAGAAGAUACAAUGUUUUCGUCUGACGAUUCCAUAAACCACGAUACGGAGAUGGAAGAAUGCCAGCAUCUCGCCGAAGAUAUGAAUCUAGACACAGACGCGGACUGGACCCAGAUUCUUGAUAAUCAACCCAUAGUUUUAAACGACCGAAUGAUGACAGAUGCCGUCCAGUCACCUCACAUCCAAUCAGAGCACAGUUACUCCCUCACCCUCAAUGAUGAAAUGCCACAAUCACCUUUCGGAAAUAACAUCAAACUGGAAGAUUAUGGUAAAGAUAUGGAAACUGAAUGCUUUCCAGCAGUGUCCAUGACGUCUGCAACAGGAGAACCAGAUUUUCCAGAAAAUGUUCUUAUCAAACAGGAGCCGGCUUCUCCUCCCCCUGCUACAUCGCCUCGCGCUCACAGUUUAUCAACAAUAUCUUCUCUUUUAAAUGCACCAUCUCCGCCACUUUCCUCUGCAUCUUCCAUAUCUUCUUUGCAUCCUCAAUCUCUUCUGAAGCAGCCGACCAUCGUCCUUGCCGCUCGGCCUUCACCUUUACAUUCUGCGUCUUCAUCGUCUAGAGACCACCAAAUGAUGUUCCCUAAAGUCAACGUCAAAGUGGAACCCUCUCUAUCGACAAGCGGUUUUCCACUUCCACCCACACCACCUUCCUGUAAUGGUAGCGAUUCUGAUGGGAGUUUGUCUCCUGUUCAUGGAGGCUCCUCUCACCUCCCUUCAUCACCCCCAGCUCUUCUCUGCUCUUCACCACCUUCAACUUCAUCGACAUCAACGACCCAGUCCACCGGACAUGUGGGACGCAAGUCCCAUGCCAAGGUUGUUUUGCCCAUAACAUCAACAACGUCCAAGCAUUCUAGCAACAGCCAAGCAGCUCUCAUCAGCAGUCAGCCAAAAGGAGCAACUGGAGUUUUGCUUCUUACCGAUGAAGAAAAAAGAACUUUGCUCGCCGAAGGCUAUCCCAUUCCUCAACGGUUACCACUCACAAAAGCUGAAGAGCGGUCAUUGAAGAAGAUAAGGAGAAAAAUUAAAAAUAAGAUAUCUGCUCAGGAAAGUAGAAGAAAGAAAAAGGAAUAUAUGGAUGCCCUAGAAAAAAAAGUCGAAAUCCUCUCUAGUGAAAACAACGAAUAUAAAAAGAAAUUAGAUUCAUUGGAAGGGAGCAAUAAGUCUCUUUUAUCUCAAUUACAACAUUUGCAAGCCAUUUUGAGUGAUAUGCCCAGCAAAAGGAGUCGUAAUGUGGGCACACAAACAUUUCCUAGUUCAUCAUCUUCAAGGCAGAAUGAUUCCAGUACAUCUGAGAUGUCAACAGAAGUUGUAGAAGUUAUUGAUGCCAAAGGAAGGUAGCAACAUUGCCCUGAGGAAGUUCACAUACAUUCCGGAAAAUGGAGUGUUCUGAAGCAUAGCCAGUCCUCCAUGCUUAUGAAUAAGUGGAUUGCUGUCCUUUUCUGAUAAUUUUUGUCUCCUGUAUCAUCCACUACAGCCAGAGCCUGCUUUUUCUUUCACCUGUUCUCCCAUCUUUAAAUUUAUGAGAAAAAUGUAUUUUGUCUCAUUGUACCUAAUGCAUUUGUGUGGACAAGGCUUCAGAAACAGAACUCUGCUGACUAUUCUAACUUGUCGCCAAAUUCUUUUAAGAGUGUUGUUUCUUAGUUAAGUAAUGUAAUGUAUUUUUGAUAAAUUCAUUCAGUAACAUACUGAAGUGGCUUUUUUGCCUUCAUCAGUGCAUUUGUGUUUUAAAACCAAUUCUGUUCUAUUGAAAAAUAGUAAACAUGUUGGUUUAUUUCGUUACAUUUCAGACUAACGCAGUCGGUUUUUAUAAUGCAGAAAAAUUUAAAUAACUUCAUUAUUAAUUUUUACAGUGUAUGAAAUAAUAUUUUACAAAUGAUCAAUAUUUCAGGAUUAACUCAGUUUAAUUAUUUAAAGCAUAAUGUUGAACUGUUGGAUAAAAUUCAGUUUCAUAUGAAUAAAUUUUGUGAAACGUGAAAAACCAUUAAGAAUUUUUGAAUAUUGAAUUUUCAGUUAGAAUACUAGCUGCUAGAAUUUGAUUAUUUGUCAAAAGUUAAAUAUAAUUUUCAUUAGUUAAAAUCACUAAAUUUUUAAGUUUAAUAGCCAGGUUUGUACAGAAAGUAAUAUUCUUAUACACAACUUUUUAAAGAUGGAUGGAUAUUUAGAUAUUUUAAUAACAGAAACUCAACUAGAAUAAUAAUUUUGUGUGCAUAUAUUUACAAGUGAAUCAAGUGGUAACAAGAUAAAUGUUUUAAUAAAUGAGCUGAUAAAGAGACUAAUUGAAUUUUAGCAUAAUAGCAAGUUUCUUUAAAUUCCAGUUCAGUAAAGGAAUAAAACUGAAUGUGGAAAAGGAAAAGGCUGUAAUUUAUAUUUAAUAAAUUAGAUUGGUAGAAGUUUAAAUGUGACAAUAUUACUAACUUAUAAUAGUAAUUUCAACAGCAUGUUAAACUACUACAGCAUCUCUUAAUAAAGUUAUGUAGUUUUCACAACAUUCACUACAAAACUGUAUUUUUGCUUUAAUAUUUACGUGAUGUGAAUCUAAAACAUUACAUAUUUUAAAGCAUGACGAAUUAAUUGAUGAUGUCUAAAAACUUUAAUAACCAAAGGGAGAUAUAUUAAUUUUUAGUCGUUUUAGAGUUUCUAGUAAAUUAUAUAGUAUGUUAUAUAAAGUGUUUUAUUUGCACUGAAUUAUUGCAAUCGGGGUUGUGAUAUAAAGUAAUCUUCAUAAAUUAACUAUCUUUUUGCUGAUAUUGAAGUAGUUAGAUGGAGUGCCAAACUCAUCCUGUCAGAUACUUCUAAAACUUCAUGGACUUCUUAUCAUUUGCAUACUGUCAAAAUUUUAUUUUUAACACAGCUUUCUAACUUCAUAUAAAGUUCAAAGAACAUAUCUACACAUUUUUGAAAAAUUUCCAACAGACCUUCAGUUCAGAUUUCAAAAUUGAAUAUUCUAACAGUAUUAAAAUUUUAAACAGUAUUCAUACUACAUAAAAUUAAUUUUUAAAACCACUAACUAGCAUUUCUCUUAUACCACAUGGGAAAAUUCAAAAUAUGUCUAAUUUUAAUUUUUUGAACAUAAGUGCAUUCAUGUUAAUUUCAUGAUAUUAAGUUAUUGAAAAAACAAUCCUAAGCAAGGUACAAAAAUUUGUAUAACUCCAUUGUAAAAAUGUCUGGAAGUGUAACAUAUCAGCCUCUCCCUUAAAAGUAAAAGAUUAAUGCAUUUUUGCUUUAUGUAAUUGCUGUACUUUUACAUUGGUUAUCUUUUAAUAAUAAAGAUAAAAGCUAGUUUACAAAAUGUUUUUCUUUAUCAUUAUAUAAUUUGAAAUGUGUUUUUGAAUUCAGUCUUUGUGCAUUGUACAUAUCAUACUAUAAACAUAUUUUCCAUUUGUAUGACCAAUUUCACUGCGUUUGAAGAAAAGUACUUAUGUUUGUAAAAUGGCCGUGCCUUAAUAUGGCCCAUAUUUACUGAGCAACUAGUCUAUAUGCACUAAUUUUUAUAUAUAUGUUAGCUUAAUGGUAAGGGUUGACGUGUUAUUUACUGGGUCGAUAUUUCUAGGUCGUAAUUUAUGUGCAAUGUUUUUCUUAAUGUAGCUUCUUGUAAUUAUGAGAGAACUAUACACAUUUACUUUGAUGAACAUUUUCUCUGAGCUCUGGCUUCAAAAGAAGUGUUGAUUGCAUUAAUAGCAUUAUAAUACUCUAUAUCCUUUUUAUAGGAAAUAAAUACUAUUUGAAGCAUUUAUUUGGCUUAUUAAUAUUGAAGUAUCUUGUAUCAUAUUUAAUUAAAUCGAUAAUUUUUUAAAAUCGGGUACUAUAUCUAAUAUAUACUAAGAUCAACACUUCAGAGGAUCCUGAGAGAGAAAAAAAUAUUUUUGACACUAGUUCCAUCUCCUAAAGUUUUAUUUUUGGGCAAUAUAUUUAAAUGUUGAAAAAUUGUCACUGUCCUUUUUGUGACAUGUUAUAUUUAAAUGAUAUAUGUAAUAUAAAAAAGAUAGAUAAAUAUCUGUGUUUUAAAUUCAUUCUAUACUCAUUGGUCAUUAAAGAAUAUCUUUUUUUCAUUUCAUAUGGAACAUAUAUUAUCUACAUUGUUAUAUAUAUUUUAAGUUCCUGAUAUUCAGCACACAAUGAAAGAUAUUCAUUAGUGUUCUAGAGAAAGUUUAUGGUGAUUCACUUAAAUUAUAAACAUGUUAUUUAAUCUUUUGUUAGAAUGCAUAGUAUUUAUGAGUAUUACUGAGACAGUUAGAAACUUUAAAUUAGGAUAAUGUGAAAUCUGUGACGGAAUUUCGUGGGAUUUUUAUUUAUUGGAAUUAAUUGUUGAAAGUGAAUGCAUCCCUGAUCAUUCUCUGGACACUUGAUGGUGUAGAUAUUUUAUUUAUUGGUUGUAAAUUCAGAUUUAUUGUUCAUGAGUUUCACUAAUUUAUUGCUAUAGUUUCCAUAUGAGAAGUAUAUCCAUGAGAAGAAAAACGUUUCGGUUCUCAGUGAUUCAGAAUUGGAAAUGUAAAAUUUAUGUUGUUAAUGAAAUUUUAUAUUUUAUAAAAUAUAUAAUUUAAAAGUAAUUAUAAAAAUGGAGAGCAUAUUGAUUUUCUUUUGAGAUAUAAAUAUUACUGUGACAUUCGUCUUUGGUAUGCUUCUGUACAAAUGUUUUGUAAAAUAAAGUAAAAUAAUGUAGCUAUUGGUGCUGAUAUUAUCGUAUAAAUAAAAAUAAAUGCUUGAAAUAAGGGAAUUUGCUUUCUUCUUUCUCUUAUGAAAUUGUCUGCGAGAUUAAAUAUUAAUAUAUAAAUAAAUGUUUUUGCAGCUUUA